AACACAAAUCACAAUAUUAUAAUACCUAUUUAAAUAAAGUAAAUUUGUUAAUAAACCGCGCGAGUUUGUACUUGAAAAUAAUAUCAUAAGUAGGUCUUUAUAUACGAAAAAUACAAACACAUGCAAUAUAUAUAUAUAUUUAUAUAUACGGCCAUGAGCACGUGAAUAGACAUGGAUAUAGUGCACCAGUAAGUUGUGUGCCAAGAUCAAACAAUCUUCCGCGAUAAAAAUAUAAAAAUACAUUUUAUUUACUAUAUAUAUUUGUAACCACUCGUAAAAAUUAUUGGUCGUAUAAAUUAAAACAUCAUAUGAGUUUUCAAGUUUUUUUUUAAAAUUAAUAUAUUACUAAAUAUAUAUUUAAUCAAGGGCUUAAUCAAGAUUUAAUCUUUGAUAAAGUUAAUGUUAGAUAUUAAAUUAUAAUCUUGAGUAAAUUUUUAGAAUAUAUAAAUUUAAAAGUAGUUGAUAUUAUUUACUGUCAUUGCCACCAGCUUAUAUUAAUCACUGAGUUAACUACGUGAAAGGUGUACGGCCUCCUGAUUGUACUUGUAUUAAGUAGAAGAAAAAAAAAAGAAAUACGUAUCUGAUUAAUUUAAAAAUAUUAAUUAGCUUUGCUACAUCAUUGAUGCGUGAUUACUCCUUAGUGUGUUGAGUGUUACAAGUUUUCGUAUACAUAAAAAAUUGUAUUAUUAUAUAUAAAAAUACAAUAACAUAUCAUUAUAUAAUUCACCUUAGUAAGAAGAUAAAUGUGAUGAGAUGACAAAUAAUUUAGAACUUGUUAUUCGACGUCCAGUUUAUCAACAAGAAGAUCUUGAUCGUUAUUAUGAUUAUACUGAACCAGAUAAAUCUAUAAGACAAUCAGUGAUAAAUAAAUACAAAAAUUUUGAAAUAAAUUCAUGGUUAAAAAAAUCAAUUCCAAUAUUUAAUUGGUUACCAAAUUAUCAAUGGAAAAAAGAUAUUCUCGGUGAUAUUGCAGCUGGAUUUACUGUUGCAGUUAUGCAUAUACCUCAAGGAAUGGCUUAUGCAAUGUUAGGAAAUGUUCCACCGGUUGUUGGAAUAUACAUGGCAUUUUUUCCAGUUUUAGUUUAUAUGAUUUUUGGAACAUCACGACAUAAUUCAAUGGGAACAUUUGCCGUUAUUUGUAUGAUGACAGGAAAAGUUGUUUUGACUUACAGUAAUAUCAAUCAACAACAAAGUCAAACAAAUAAUUCAUCAUUACCAAUAGAUACUUUACAAGAAACAGAUAAUCCACAGUAUUCACCAUUACAAGUGGCAACAGUUGUUACAUUCGGAGUUUCUAUAAUUCAGUUAAUAAUGUAUGUAUUACACCUUGGAUUGAUAUCAUCAUUGUUAUCAGACGCCCUUGUUAGUGGGUUUACUACUGGUGCUGCUGUCCAUGUAUUUACAUCCCAAAUAAAAGAUCUUUUAGGGCUUGAACUGAUAAAACGUCGUGGUAUUUUUAAAGUUGUUUACACAUAUUAUGAUGUUUUUAAUUCAAUAGAUAAUAUAAAUAUUACCGCUACAAUAAUAUCUGGAGUUACAAUUCUAGCGAUAAUAUUUAAUAAUGAAGUAUUAAAACCGCGUGUUAAUAAACGCUGUGGAUUUCCAAUACCUAUUGAAAUGAUAGCUGUCGUUAUAGGAACAGUAGUGUCUAUUAAAAUGAACCUUAAUAAUGGUUAUAAUGUGAUUACUGUAGGACAUAUUCCUGUUGGUCUUCCAGUACCGUCAGUACCACAAAUAUCACUAUUACCAUCGAUAAUAAUUGACUGUUUUGUAAUAACGAUGGUAUCAUAUUCUAUAUCAAUGUCUAUGGCAUUAAUAUUUGCUCAAAAAAUGAAUUACGAAGUAGACGCUAAUCAAGAAUUAAUGGCACAAGGUUUUGGAAAUCUUGUUGGAUCAUUUUUUUCUUGUAUGCCAUUUACUGCCUCACUAUCACGUUCUCUAGUCCAGACUACUGUUGGUGGAAAAACCCAAUUGGCUAGUUUAAUAUCCUGUUUUUUAUUAUUAUUUGUUUUACUUUGGAUUGGUCCACUUUUAGAACCUUUACCCAAGUGUGUAUUGGCGAGUAUUAUCGUUGUUGCAUUAAAAGGUAUGUUUUUACAAGUUAAAGAUUUAAUUAAAUUUUUUAAACUCUCAAUGAGUGAUGGAAUUGUAUGGAUUGUUACCUUUUCAAUUGUUAUUAUAUUGGAUAUUGAGUAUGGUUUACUUGUUGGUGCUGUUCUUUGUCUUAUUAAAUUAAUAAUCCUCUCAACUAAACCGUAUACCUGUAAAUUGGCUGUUGUACCAGGAACUGAACUUUAUUUGGACACUAAUAGAUAUCACAAAACGGUUGAAAUUCCUGGUAUUCAAAUAUUUCAUUAUUGUGGUAGUCUUAAUUUUGCGACAAAAUUAUACUUUAGAAAUCAUGUUUAUGAAGCUGCUAAAAUAAAUCCAGUUAAAAAAUUUACCGACCGUCAUAAUAAAUCUGAGAAUAAAGAAAUAAUAUCUGAUGAAAGCAAAAGUUUACGAGUGUUUAUAAUAGAUUUUUCAGCGCUUAUUAAUAUUGAUUCAGCCGGUGUAGCAACAGUACGUGGUAUAAUUGAAGAGUUUAUAAAGAUUGGAGUUUCGAUUUAUCUAGCUGGUUGCUCAGGACCUGUUUUCGAAACUAUUAGAAAAUUUAAUACAGUUGAAAAAACCAGUAAUAUAUUUAUGAUAUUUCCAACAGUAAAUGAUGCUGUUAAUUAUGGACGUAAUGAAAAUAUUAAUAUUCCAUCAUCAUUACCAACGUGGACAACGUAUCAGCAAAUUUAUGAUCAAGACACUAGUAUAAGUCAAUUGUAAAUCAUAAAAAAAAUAUCAACAAUUUUAUACUAAUUUUAAAUAUUCAAAGUUUUAUAAUAUAUAUAAAAAAUGAUAACAUCGA